GGCGACUCGGACGUGCGUGGCGCCGGCGUCGCGGCCGCCCGCGUCGUGGGCCGCGCGGGCGCGGGCUCGGCCGGCCCGAGGCGUGGCGUCUGCCUCGCUAGCGGCAGAAAGGUGAUCGCCGAGCAGUCCAGAGUCCAGGCCGACCUUGCGGGGGCGAUCCCCAGGGUCGCGCUGGUGGAGCGACAGGCUGUGGAUGCCGAAAAGCAUGCGGCGCGCGACCAGUCCGUUUAG